AUGGGAAGAGGGAAAGUGGUGCUGAAAAGGAUAGAGAACAAGAUCAACAGGCAAGUUACUUUUGCAAAGAGAAGGAACGGUUUGCUUAAGAAGGCUUAUGAGCUUUCUGUGCUUUGUGAUGCUGAGAUUGCUCUUCUCGUUUUCUCUAACCGUGGCAAGCUCUACGAAUUCUGCAGUAGCCCUAGUGGUAUGGCCAAGACGUUUGAGAAGUAUAGAAAGCAUAGUUAUGCAACAAUUGAUCCAAAUCAAUCUGCUAAAAACCUACAGGAAAAGUACCAAGACUACUUAAAGCUCAAAUCAAGAGUUGAGAUCCUUCAACAUUCACAAAGGCAUUUGCUAGGUGAAGAGAUAGCCGGGAUGGGAGUGAAUGAGCUUGAGCAGCUAGAACGUCAAGUAGAUGCAUCACUAAGACAAAUAAGAUCCACAAAGGCUCGGUCUAUGCUUAAUCAACUAUCUGACCUCACAACAAAGGUAUACAUAAAGAUUCACACAAAUGUUCAAUAA